UCUGCUGCGAGCUUGAUUACUGGAAUACAUUUUACUUUUGAAGAUCUGAAAGGUGGGCAGCUUCUUUCCUGAUGUAUUGUCAGUGUCAUGUGUCAGUGACAUCAUUCAAGCUCUUUAAUACGUGGUGUCACAUCUGAUUCUGAGGUGUUGGACUGACUCAUUAAAGAAAGAAUUUUCUACAUAAUCUGCGGCAAUGACGUGGACAGUGACUCGCAGUAACAUGGUGUUAGGAGUCUAUGGAUUCACUCUCAUCACAGGUCUUCCUGCCAACCUCCUGGCUUUUUACACCUUCUUCCGGAAGAUCCGCAAGAGGUCCACCCCUAUGGAUGUUUUCCUAUUAAGUUUAACUAUUUCAGACCUGGUUUUCCUAUUCUUUUUGCCGUUUCGUAUGAUAGAGGCAGCAAAAAUGAAGUGGACGCUGCCGUUCUUCCUCUGUCCGCUGACGGGUUUGGUUUUCUACGGCAUCAUCUGCAACAGCACGUUUCAUUUGACGGCCAUCAGCAUCGAGCGCUACCUGGGUGUGGCCUUCCCCAUAAAAUACAAGUUAAAACGGAAUUCCAGAAAUGCAGUGUUUGCCGUCAUCAUAUUCUGGAUCUUGUCGAUGGCACAAUGCAGCAUUGUCUAUGUCAUUCAAUACUACGAUCAUUCAAACCCGAACAUUACCGACCCAUCUAUGAGGAACACCUGCUAUGUGGAAUUCAGUAAAGAACAGCUGAGAAUCCUCCUGCCGGUUCGUCUGCAACUUUUCGUCGUGUACUCCUGCAUUCCUAUCCCCAUCUGCUGCUUUUGCUACUUCAGAUGCAUCCAGAUCCUCACCAAUCUACCCAACGUCAACUCCAAGAAGCGAAUGAGGUCUAUCGGGAUGGCGCUGGGAACGCUGCUGAUCUUUAUUGCCUGCUUCAUGCCCUUUAGCAUAUCCCAUGUUGUGGGAUUUGUUACAGGCCAAAGCCCCGAAUGGAGGGAGUAUGCGCUGCUUUUCUGCACGCUGAACGCAUGUCUCGAUCCUUUCAUCUUCUACUUUUCUUCUUCAACGUUCAGAGAGAUUUUCAAGAGCAUCUUGCGAGAGCUGCUCAGGCGCAUGGCCAUGCUUGGCUGCCACUCAGUUCUCUACUGCCCCCUGUUAAGAGCUGGGACAACAGAGGAGAGAACACAGAGAUCUUAUGACAGUUCUCACUGAUGAUGAUGUCACAAGACAAAAUUUGCGGUGCUGGAUGUGUUGAGUCCUGUGGCUGAGUAUGAGAGAUUGGAGAACCUCGGAUUAUUAGAUGAGCAUGAGUGUUAUGCUUCUUUUUGCUUAUGUUUAAUAUUUAUAUACAGUUUUUUAUCAUAGUCAACAUUGUCAGUAGAUGUAAAUCAACGCCAAUGCCAGUGUUAUGAAACUCUUAUGCACUGAUCUGACCAAAGUUACAUUCUUAGUAUUCAGACCACAGAGAUGCUCAAACAGAUGCUGAUUGCAAAACUUUGCACAUUCUGAUGUAACCCUGCCUGUGAAAACCCAGCUAAAGUCAUAACUCCCUGUUUCUACAAAGAACCAUUCUGUGAAAUGAUAACCUUGAUAUCUUUAAUCAAUGAAACUUUAGUCUGAAUUGAACAGACAGGGUCUCAUAGUUUAAAUAUUCACAAAUGUAUAUGUACUUUAUUUCUUGUUGUCUGUAUAUAUUUUUAUCAUUUGCAAUAAGUGUAUCCUUUUAUCAGCUCAUUUGCAUUUAAAGGACACACCCAAAAUGGCACAUUUUUGCUCACACAAGUGUCAAUUUUAACAUCUUAUAAUAAAUUAUCUUUAUGAUAUUUUGAGCUAAAACUUCACAUACACACGCUGGAGACACCAAAGAUUUAUUGUACAUCUUUAAAAGUCUCAUUAUAUUUAAGCUUUAAGCUACAAUGCUGCAAUGCACACUUUUUCUAACAGAUAUUAUCAGACUUUUUUCUAACAUAUAUUAUCAGACUUUAUCUAACAGAUAUUAUCAAAUUUAUCUUAACAGAUAUUAUCAGACUUUUUCUAACAGAUAUUAUCAGACUUUAUCUAACAGAUAUUAUCAGACUUUAUCCAACAGAUAUUAUCAAAUUUAUCUUAACAGAUAUUAUCAGACUUUUUCUAACAUAUAUUAUC